AUGAGGAACAGAAGAAAGCCAGGGUCCAGACGUUACAAAGAUUACGAAGAUAAUCUUUUAAAUAUUGCUGUAGAGUUGGUCAAAAAUAAAAAUAUUUCAAGUUACGAAGCUGAAAAGCAAUUUGGUAUCCCCCGACGAACCAUUGCUAAUAAAGUUAAAUUGAAACAUAUGAAAAAAAUUGGUUCUCCAUCUAGGUUAAGCAAAGAAGAGGAGGAUAAAAUAGUAGAAGCUCUUAUACUUUGCGGAGAAUAUGGUUGUCCAUUGACUCGUUUUGAGCUGCGUAUGAUUGUUCACAAUUAUUUAACCAAAAAUAAUAAACUGUGGAUUUUUAAUGAUAAACUACCUGGUGAACGGUGGGUUCGAGAGUUUUUGAAUCGACAUAAAGAAAAAUUGACAUUGCGCUCUACACAAAACAUAAAGAGCUCACGUGCUUCCAAAACAAUAACUGAAUAUGAGGAAUAUUUCGAAAAUCUAAAGAAAAGUCUUGUCAAUGUUAAAGCACAUAAUAUAGUCAAUUUCGACGAGACAAAUUUAACUGACGACCCUGGAUCGCAAAAGUGUAUUUUUAAAAGGGAAAAAAAUAUCCAAAUAAGAUUUUAA